AUGGAAGCAGUUGAAGCUUACCGUGCUCUUCUGGCCCUCGUUCAGGCCCAAAAGAAUUCCUCUGGAUCUUGCAAGAACGCUAUAGAGGACGCGGAUGGUAGUGUCACCGAGUUUGAAAUCUGGCAAGGUCUUGCUAAUUUGUACUCCAGUCUCUCGUACUGGAGAGAUGCUGAGAUAUGUUUGAAGAAGGCUAAAGCCCUCAUCAAGUCGUACUCAGCUGCAACACUCCAUGCAGAAGGCUACAUGCAUCAGGCGCGAGACCAAACAAAACAUGCGCUGGCCGCCUACGUCAACGCAUUCUCGACUGAGCUUGAACAUGUGCCGUCGAAGGUGGCCAUCGGCGCAAUGCUCUCCAAGCAAGGGCCGAGGUUUCUACCUGCAGCGAGGUGCUUCCUCUCGGACGCCCUAAGGGUCGAGCCUACAAAUCGGAUGGCUUGGCUUUACUUAGGAAAAGUGCACAGAUCUGAUGGGAGAAUCUCUGACGCUGCCGACUGCUUCCAAGCAGCGUUAGCUCUCACCAGCCAUAUCACCCAAGCGAUCAAGAAGCUCAAGUGCAAACACAUGAAUGCCCUUCACAGUACAUGGGUUCUUAGGCUGAUCAGUGAGCGUCUACUGAUGACACCACAAAGCAGCGACGUUACAAAUGCUAACAUUGCAGAUAAGUUUCCUUUUAGUAGAAAAAAGGCGUCGCAUAUAGAAGCUUGGACAAUUUGUAUUAGUCCGAAUGUGCUCCUUGAAGACCAGCAAACCACGUAG